GUAUACGAUCGGAUCCAUCUGACUGAGGCAAAGCUCAAUAAUAGAAAAUUGCAUGCAUACAAUCCCGACCGCGAGGUUAUCUUUAUUCAUCUGUCUCUACAUGAAAGUUGAAAGAAAUUCCCCUUAGCGAGAAGACAAGAAACGAGUGGCAUGAAAGGAUUGUGAAGAUUUAUAGAGCGCUACGUCAACAUGAAGAUCACAGAGCUAUAUAUCUACCCCAUUAAAUCGCUGGGUCCACUCCCGGUGCAGCGGGCGCGUCUGCGACGCGAAAGCGUCGAAUAUGACCGCCGCUUCAUGCUCCUCAAAGUGCAGCCCGACGGGACGUACAAGAACAUCCAGAUCACGUACUUCCCAGAAUGUGCACUCUUCCAUCAGCGGUUAGACGGUAGCGAUAUCGUCGUCACAUACCGCGUGCCGUCGCCGCCCAUAUUCACGCCUGAGAACCCUGAGCAGCGGACCGAGUUACGCGUGCCAUUGGCACCUAAGCUCGAGGGCCGGGAACUCGUUGAAGUUUCAGUAGGUCUGAGUCCUACUAUUGCGUAUCGCAUGGGAUAUCCCUACGAUCAGUGGUUCACAGCUUGUUUCGGAUUUGAGGCGAUAUUGGUGUACAUCGGGGACAAGGGGCGAGAAGUUCUCGCCCAUAAGCCCCGCGACCAUCAUCUCUGGCGCCAGCAGCAACCACGACAGAAUGGUUGGAUGUCAAGCAUCACGGCGCACGUCCCCAGCUUAGGGGGCGGUGGGAGUGAGAAGGACAAGGAGAAGAAUGACUUGGAUCAGCUCACCUUCAACGACAUCGCGCCUUUCCUGGUGACUUCCGGGGCCUCGCUGCGCGACGUCAGCAGUAGAUUGCCCGAGGGUGAGGACAUGGAUAUCCGGCGUUUCCGACCCAAUAUCGUCGUGGAUGGUGACACAGGGACUUCUGACGGCGAGAAACUCGCGGCGUGGGAAGAGGAUUACUGGGGCGAGCUCACCGUCACACGGAGCACAGGUGCUCAGCACCGGCUCGCGCUCACAGCGAACUGUGGACGCUGCGUCUCUAUCAACGUGGACCUCGACAAGGGACGGCCAUCGGAGGGCGAGUCGGGGAUCGUGCUGAAGAAAUUGAUGGCUGACCGGAGGGUGGACGAGGGGAACAAGUAUGCCCCUGUUUUUGGACGAUAUGCUUUCCUCGCUCCGCUCAGAGAGGGAGAGGGAAAGAGAGAUGACGAUAACGUCGUAGAGAUUGUCGUGGGCGAUGAGAUACAUGUCACGAAACGCCUGGAUUAUCGGGAUAGUUGGGCUUGGCCGAAGUACUAAGGAGCGCGUCUACUAUAAUACAUGUACCAACAAUCAGCUAUUGCCAGGCAUAAGGUGGAAUCUGAGAGCUCGAAUGAAGUAAAGGACCGCCUCCAGUUCUACUGUGACCUGGGAC